CAGCAGCCAUCAAAGAUUGAGGAACAUCCUUGAUUCGUGGCACACUUGCACAGGAAAAAUGUCAACUGCUGUCCCAACCAAAAGUAGUAAGCCUAAGAGGAGGAAUGCUCGUGGGAAUCGGACUGACCCUGGCUGGGAACAUGGAGAAGAAGUUGAUGCUGAGAAGAGGACAACAAGAUGCAAAUAUUGCCUUCUAGUUAAAGGUGGAGGUGUCUACAGACUGAAGCAUCACUUGGCUGGGACAAGGUUUAAUGUCGAGCCUUGCGAAAAAGUUCCUGAUGAUGUUCGAAAAAAGUUUUUCAAACUUCUGGGGGUCCAAGCAGAGAAGAAUGAUGCAAAGAAGAGGAAGUUUAACACAGAAAUGUUGGAGACGGGUGCAUGUUCGAAGGAGAAUACUCCUGCUGAUAACAAUGAAGAUGAGGCUGCGACAAAUCGUUUCGCUAACAAGCGCAGAGCCCAAACAAUGGUGAAUCAGUUUUACAAGAAAGAAGAGAGAGAAGAGGUUUGUGCUCAAAUUUGUCGGGUCUUCUAUACCAAUUCUAUCUCAUUUAAUGUUGUCAAGGACCCAGAAUUUAUAAAGAUGAUUGAAAUGAUUGGAAACUUUGGUAAAGGUUUUAAACCUCCAUCAUAUCAUGAAGUGAGGGUAAAAUUUCUCAAGCUGGAAGUUAAGAGAACAAUGAAUUUGCUCUCUGAAUACAAAGAUGAGUGGAAAAAGACAGGAUGUACAAUUAUGUCUGAUGGAUGGACAGAUAAAAAGAAAAGGUCCAUCUGCAACUUUUUAGUGAAUAGCCCCAAAGGUACUGUCUUUCUCGCCUCAGUCGAUACUUCUGACAUUUCCAAGACAGCGGACAAAGUGUUUGAAAUGUUAGAUGAUAUUGUUGAGCAAGUAGGAGAAGAUAAUGUUGUUCAAAUUGUAACGGACAAUGCCGCUAACUAUAAAGCAGCUGGUGAGCUAUUGAUGGAAAAGAGGAAAAAAAUAUUUUGGACUCCAUGUGCAGCUCAUUGUAUUGAUUUAAUUCUCGAGGAUUUUGAAAAGAAAAUUAAGAUGCAUCAGACGUAUAUUUAUUCUAGAACAAUGGUUCUUUCUUGGUUGAGAGAGUUCACUGGAGGGAAGGAUUUAGUUAGGCCAGCAGUGACAAGAUUUGCUACUGCCUAUUUGACUUUGGGUUGUCUGCAUGAGCACAAGGGCGCAUUAAUCAAUAUGUUCACUUCAACAAAGUGGAGGGGUAGUAGAUUUAAUUCUGCAGAAGGGAAGGUCGUUCAAGGAAUUGUGUUGGAUAGCCGUGGGUUUUGGCCUAAUGUUGCCACAUGUCUGAAGGAUGCACUCCCAAUUAUAAAAGUUCUUCGAUUGGUGGAUUCAGAUGAGAAGCCAGCAAUGCCGUUCAUCUAUGAUGAGAUGGAUCGUGCAAAAGAUAAAAUAAAGAAAAAUUUUAACAAUGCGAAGAAAAGGUAUGUUACUGUACUAACUUAG